AUGGCAUUCUACGAGGUGUUACUGUCCUCCCAAAAUAUUCUGGGUUUGGAAAUACCCAGGAUUAUUGCCGGCUUGAGUUUUUUACUCGCUGCAAUCCUCGCCGUCAGGCUCGUGCGUCGCAUCUACCGAGUAUGUUGGAACCCUCUCAAAAACUUUAAAGGUCUCCCAGAGGCCGCGGUCUCGGAGGACUGGCUAUACAGGACUACUGAAUUCGGCACUGCUGAGCAGGUCUUUGAGGCUCUCCACCGCAAGUACAGUAGGUGUCCCGUGGAUGCGGACCAGUAUCCUCUUUUCAGACGAAGGCAUAUCCCAAGUAUUCUCCCUUCUAUGAUGGGUUCAACACUCCCCACAGCCGGUGGAAGUAUGGGACUUGAGGAAUCCGAGGAUUGA